UCAAUUUUCACUAGUUUACAAAAACAAAAUGGUCGUCUUGUUGUACAAUCAAUAGAUCUAGAAUCUAGUAUAAUCUACACUGUAGAUUGUAGAUCUAUAUAGUCUAUAGACUACAUCUGAGCGGAAUGAUUGUUACAUUUUACAUAGAUCUAAUAGAAUUACUUGGAAUUGGGAUUAGAUCCCUUGGCUUAAUGAAAUAAAAAGACAGCUCAGUAGUAAGAGAAUGGCCUGGCCUUGAAUGAUCAUCAAACGCAAACACAUCAGCCAAUGUUACUCAUAGUUCUAGACAUUAAGACAUUAAUGCUAGGUUACAGGUAGAAACACCUGUCACUUGUGGUAAUACUGUGAAAUUUUUUUCACUUGAAUUGGUCAUACUUUUAAAAAAACAACAUAAUGAAUGAACGAGAGCAGAUUUGCUACAGCCUUAUUACUUGGCUGGAAACCUUUCCCCUUCAGUCACCGCACAGUUCUCCAUCAGAUCUCAGUGAUGGUGUGGCUAUAGCUCAGGCCUUAUCUUUGAUCGCCCCAAAUUUUUUUACCCAACCAUGGCUGGCCAAGAUCAAAUCAGAAGACCUCAGCAAUUGGAGGUUAAAGGUGACAAACUUAAAGAAAAUAUUGAAAGGUAUCUUGGAAUAUAAUUUAGAGUAUUUAGGUGUAACAAUGCAAGGAUUUCAAAUGCCUGAUGUGAAUGCAAUUGGAGAACAUUCUGAUGCUCAGGAGCUGGGGCGGCUGUUACAGCUGGUUCUAAAUGUUGCAAUUAACUGUGAUAACAAACAAGAGUAUAUACAAACCAUCAUGAGCAUGGAGGAGGAUGUACAGCAGAUUAUAAAAAAUGCCAUUCAAGAGCUGAUGACCAAAGAAGCCUCUCCUAGUGAUGAUAUUGAGUCUGCACUUCAAGAUGAGCUUAAAAAAACAGUGGAUGAACUUAAUGCUGCAUUAGAGGCUAAAGGGGAACUACUUCAAAGAUGCCAUGAACUAGAUGCACAAGUUGCUAGUUUGCAAGAAGAAAGACAUAGUCUGAUAUCAGAUAGAGACAAACUAGAAGAAAGACUUCAGUUGGCUGAAAGUUUAGAAGAUCUCAGCACACCUGCUGGUAAAAAGCUAACCCAACUCCAGCAUCAGGUGGAAAGUUUACAAGAAGAAAUAUAUAAGUUGGAAUCUGGUAAAGAUGACUAUAGAAUAAAAUAUGAAGUGCUGAACAAAGAUUAUACAGAAUUAAAAGAAAAGAAUGCUGAGUUAAGUAAACUAGCAUCGGAAUCUAGGGCCAUGAAGGAUGAACUGGACAUUUUAAGACAUACUUCAGACCAGUUAGCAAAAUCAGAAGCUUUAGUGGAAUCUUACAAGAAAAAACUAGAGGACCUUAGUGAUCUAAAAGGACAGAUGAAAAUGCUGGAGGAGAAGAAUACAAAGUAUAUGAAGCAACAGAUUGAAAUGGAGGAGGAGCUAAAACGAGUUACAAUUUUAAAGCAGCAACUGGAGUCUUAUAAAAGACAGACAUUAGAAGCACAAAGUAAACUAACAGAAGAGACAAGGCGAGCUGACAAAGCAGAAUUUGAAUUUACUAGUUUACAGAACAAACUUUUCACAUUGCAAAAAGAAAAGGAGAGGAUACUAAGUGAGAGAGACUCUUUGAGAGAAAUGAAUGAUGAACUUAAGUGUACACAGUUACAGACUUCAGGUAUGGGUCUUGCUGGAGAGUUGGAUGAUCACAGUAGCAGUGUGGAAAUGUUGUCUCUUCCUUCAGAAAUCAAAGAACGUCUGCUACGAUUAGAACAUGAAAAUAAAAUGUUAAAGAUCAGUUCCACUUCAUCCCCUGAAGAAACUAUAGCACUGACUGAACAACUAGAAGACGCUAAUUCUAAGAAUAAUGUUCUUCAGACAGAAUUGAGACUCCUAAACCAGCAGCUCAUGAAGGUGCAGGCUGAGCUGGAGGAUACCAGAGAAAAUGAGAAGUCCACAUCUGCUGCCAGCAACACAGAGUUUGUGUCCAUGAAGACCUUACUGUCUGAGAGCAAGCUGAAGCUGGAGGAGAAGGACCUUCAGCUUCAACAGAAGCAGCAGCACAUCAAUGACUUGAGUGAGCGGUGGGCCACUGCCAAUGAACGAGUCAUUGAACUGGCCAACCACCUGGCCAAAAAGGAUGAAGAGAUUAAAGUUAUGGAAGAGAAGUACAGGAAAUAUUUAGAAAAAGCCAAAAAUGUAAUAAAUAGCCUUGACCCAAGACAUGGUAAUGACUCAUCUUCAGAACUUUAUACUCUGAAGAAUCAGCUCCAUGAAAAAGACACUUACAUCAAUUUCCUUGAGAGUGAUCAAGAGAGGAUGAAGAAUGUGAGAGACCAAGAAGAAAGAUUAAUUGUGACCGCUUGGUAUAAUCUGGGAAUGCAGCUACACCGUCAAGCAGCAGAAGAAAGGUUGGCUAAUAGUUCCAUGGGUCAGUCCUUCCUUGCCAGGCAGCGCCAGGUUCACACUAGACGUUCCAAUACAAUGAGCUCUGUACACAGCAGCACCAAUGCAAGUGAACUUGAGGAAGGUGUAGCAAACAUUCAAACUACCUCCACCACUACUACAAAGCGUAGGUUUUCUUUUAGAAAGGCAAAGCAAACGUCUCCAACUUCUGCCUCAGUAAGGAAGCCCUCCAUGUCAGUUUCUGUUCAGCCCACAAUCCAACAGGCAGAGGAACCCUUCCCACAGAUUAGUCCGAAUCAUUUCAAUGGGGGGAACAAACCAAAAUUACCUCAGUAGAAAUAAAAAUUGACAUUGAUUCUUAUAAUUCCACGAUCAAGAUACGAAGAAUAGCAAGGGAGACAAAUUACUGAUCAAAUAUUUCUCAAAUAUAGAGUUAUCUUGCCAAUAAUUAACAUAGAUAUUUUUUUUCUAGUAUUACACUAACAUGUUUAUUUUAUUUUGACAUUCAGUCUUGAAAACACCUCAACAUACUUAUAGAAGUAUAUAAGUAAAUGUUUUUGAUGCAUCAUAAAAAGAAGUGAUUUUUUAUUUUUUAAACUGCAUUGUCUUGCAUGUCUGGACAUCAUAUUCCACUUAUUAUUUGAAUGAAUGAUUUACUUGAUUUACUAUAUCACAAAAGACUAACACUAAACUUAUUUCAUUGUCUUUAAUGUAAUGUUAAGGGAAGCUUUUUUAUUUUUUCGUUUAAUUUUCUUUGUUUUAUUUAAAGUAGAGUAAAAUAAAACAAAAACCUAUACAAGUUGAAGCAUUACAAUAACUUUGUUUGUGUGAAAAAGUUGAAAAUAGUUUUCUUGUCUUCCUAUGAAAUUUAAAUAGAUAUGGAUAGAGAGAAUAUGUGUUUGUAUUGCUUGUUUUUACAAAUAGUAUAAAAAAAAAGACUAGCUUGGAAAUGUUUUAUUUAUAAAGUUUUAAACAAUAAAUGUUUUUUCACAUCAUUGGUUGAAUGAAAAGAUAAAUGAACUUGACUUAUUUGUGGGAUUUUUAUAAUUUACGCUAAAUGGUAAAGUUCUUAUAAUCUAUUAGUUGAGUAAAUGUAAUGGUUUAUCUGGAGAGUGAGUGAAUGUCGGGUUGAUUUCCUUUGUAUUUAUUUGUUUAAGCAUCUGACUGGCAUGUUGAGCAUUGAUCUUGUUCCUAUUGCCAUAUUGAGUAUCACUACUGUAAUAUUCUUCGUUUGAUACACUCCAAGUAUAAUGCUUGUUUCUCUAUUUACAUUAAUUGCUUUAGACUUAGAAUGCACAAUUAGAUAUGGAGACAGAAAUAUAACAUUAGUGGCUCUUAAUGUUUUUAUAUUGUGACCCAAUGCAAAAUAAAAAGCAGCUCCAAUAUGAAACAUUUUCAAAUGUCCUCAAAUUAUGUGAAAUCUAUUGCUCUGUAACCCCAAAUGAAGUUUAUGAUUCAUGAGCUGGAGAGCAGAGAGUAUAACUGCCUACACCUCAAAGCUGCCAACUUCAUCAAUUGAUAUAUUCUGUUAAAGUUUCAGUAUGUUGAGCCUCAGGUUCAAAACAUUAUCUUUAACAUUUUUGUUCACAUUUGUGUGCUUUUAAACGCCUGAAUCAAUCACUUAAGUAAGCUUCUAGUUGGUACCUCUGAAUAGUUUUAAAUCUUUGUUUAAAUUUUAUAUUGCAAAUUUUAACUAAUUUGAAUAGCCUCAUGAAAAUAUUUAUUUUUACUUUCAUUUUAUUUGUGCAAAUAUAUAGUCUGAAGGAAAACUCCUGACCUAAGUUAGUCAGUUUGAAACAGAAAAUACUAUUUAAGAAUAUCAGGCUCCUUUUUGAUUGGCUAACAAUAUGUAUAACUAUAAUAGUUUGCAAAGUAGGGAAGCAACAAUCUUGGACCAAACAAAUUGCUAAAAGCAAGUGACAUGACAUAGGUGACUAAGCUAGGCUUUGAGAGACCUACAAGCUGAUGUAACCUACAGCUUUAUAACUUUUAUUUAAAUAACUAAAUAUAUUAUUUUAAUCCUGUACAAAAAAAUGUAGCAAAAAAUGUAAUUGCUUUGCCAUUUCAAAUUGAUCCAGAUUUUGGCCUAGCCUACAGAUUUUUAUUUUUUUUACUUUCAUUAUCUUUUGGCUUGUUACACAUUUUUUAAAAAUUUCAUAAAUGUAUUCAAAAUACUUUAUUUUUAUUAGCCAAUUUAAUGGAGCAAACAUGUGUGUAAAUGUUCAAUGUGUACCACAAUGGCCUACUUGUUUAUAUUAGCAUGUUAUGAUUAGAUGUCUUGUAAUAUAAAGCUGCAUGGGCAAAUACAUUUUGUAGAAAGCUCACAAAUUGGUCAAGAGUUUUCCUUGAAGUCAACAGUACAACCUUUUUGUUUUGUUUUCAAAUGCUUGUGUAGAGUUUUGUUGAGAGAACUCUAAGAGCUUGUGGCAACACUUGAUGGCUUUUGUAAAGCUCUAGCCCAUGAUGUGCAAUUUUGUUUUUUUACUUUUUAUCUGCUUCACAGUUUGAUUCAGAAUAGUCACUUAGUUUGGAAUUAUUUACUCAAAAGUUGUAGGAAAAUAUUAUAUAACAUGAUUGAAACAAAAUGUAUAAUAUUAACUUAUGGAUGGUAAAGGUUGAUAAUUAGAAAAUGAAAUUUAUUUUUAGUGUCAAAUGAAGACUCACAAAUGUUUUUGUUGGAGUGAAUUUAUUUGUUUCUUUUCUUCACCAGUUUAUGUUUUUGAUUUAAAUUUUGAUAUUACCUUUGUGAUACUGUGGAGACUUGUAUGUGAAUGUAUUUUUCAGAUUCUAGACUACUUAGUUUCUCUCCUGUAUUCACUUGAAUGUGACAGUUUUAUUUUUCAAUGAUGUCUAGAAAGCAUUGUUUUAAUCUUUAGGUCUAAUGCUUAUAAAAAGGCUCAGCAUAGGUCAAUUAAGUUUAGAAAAAAAAUUAAUUUGAUGAUUUGUAGAUGACUGAAUGAAUGGUGCUAAGUCCACUGGUGAUAUUUUGACCAUAAGCAAGGUCUACUUGAUUAUUCUAUUAGAAGUAUAAAAUAAUUUUUGUUUUAUUUAUGAUGAAAGAAUUGGUUUAUAAAAUAAUCAUAAUUCGUGUGCAGUGUAAUGCUCUGUCAAAUGUGUUUAUUGUAUUAUAAAGUUUAAAAAAUGAUAUGGUUCAUGUGAUAGUUUUUAAUAUCAAACCAUUUUAUAAAGACCCAAGAAUUUUUACGUAGUAAUUGUUGGGGUCUUCAGUAUCUAAGACGUCUUACAUGCAGCCAAAAACUAAAGUUGUUUAAAGACUCACAGUUGUAAUUGACUUGAAGCUGAUACUUCUAGAAGAGGACAUAAUCUACACUUCUGUAGAUAGCUAUCCACUAAAUAAGAUUACUUAGUAGUUAGGCAAAAUGUAUUAAUAUCUAGUGGUCAAAGCUAAACCUUGUCCUGAAUGUAUCCCUCAAUUCUUUGAUGAACUUCUUUUUAAAUCUACUAGAAUAUUAUACAUUAAAAAAUAUAAUACCUCCUUAAAGAGCUGAAAAUUCGUUAUUAUUUUUUUUUAUUUGUUGAAACAUUAAGAUAUCAUUAAAUAAAUUCCUAUUGUUUUAUUUCUGUGAACUUCAAUGUUGACAAUAUUGCAAGUGGCUAGAUGUUUUCAUAUGUACAAUGCAUUUAUCUUGGACAUAGAUGUGUAUCAUUUGGACAUAAAUAAACAAAGAAUAUCUUU